UACCACCUUCAUAGUCUAUUUCUCUGUCAACCCACACUCUAACCACUUGUAAUCUGCUAUUCACUGAUCAUGGACAUUCAAUCCAAGAAUGGUUAUACCGUGAACUCGUUUGUUCGUGAAUCUCACGUUCGUCUUACCUGGAUUGCCUUCUUCACUCUGUGGGUUCUUUGGGGCCUGGUCUACUUCUUACGCCACGCUUUAUCGUGCUGCAAGGACAAAGGCACCGCGGCAGCUGAAGACGCCGAAGCCGGUGAAAGUAAAGCCAAGGAAUCAAAACAUCACAAAAUUGGGGACCGACUUGCUAAUGCACAUCGGGUGCUUUUCGAGAAUACUCUGCUUCUGUUGUCUGUUCUCGUGCUCAACACAUUGGGUGCUGGUUCGACGCGUGCUGUGCUUAUUCUGACUUGGAUUUACUUUGGUUUCACCGUUAUCCAUGCCUUUACUGAAAUUGGUGUCGAUCAUCAUUUCGUUCGUCUCUUCUUCAACCUGGUGUUCUACGGUAUUACCCUUGCUAUUGGUGGUCUUGCCUUUAGCCACGGAUGGUAGACCGUUAAGCCUAUGUUAAGUUACUUCCAUGCUAUAUUUUCAUGGAUAUCUGUACGAACAUUACUUUCUUAAUUUUUCUUUGCUCUGAAAAGGCGAUGUUCUUAAUCAUAAUCUAUUUGUCUCGGUCCACAUGGACUCCAAUUUCUUACAUAAAGUUUUUAAUGUUUACUAUUUUACUCGAAAC